AUGCAAAUCAAAGCAUUUCAAGAUUCUGCCACGCAGCAUCAACCCUUAUUACCAUUCUUUGCUGUUUCUGAUAAAAAGCUUGCCAAAUCAUUUCGACUCAAGAAGCCUAAGACCAUACAACUUUUGAAACCUUAUGAGAAACCAGUCAAUUACCCAGCAGAUAAGGCCAUAACAGCAGAAAAUAUCAACAGCUUUAUUACGCAGAACAAAAGAGGCAUUUUAACGAAGAUUAGACUUGAAGAUAUCCAUGAUACAUGGUCAACUAAUGUGGAAGGUUAUUUGGUGACCGCCUUCGUGAGACUUGAUACAAACGAAGGUGCACAAUUCUUCUCUUUGGUAAAGUCACUGGCUAGGCGAUACGGAGAAAAUAAGAAAUUGCAUUUCUUAUGGGUCGAUCCUGAUCCAUUUCCAACGAUGCGGGAUUACUGGCAAAAGUCGUACAAUAUCGAUGUUAACUCUCCCGUCAUAGGGGUCAUUGAGCCAAAAUUUAGCAAAAGUUCUUGGUUCGAAAGGAAAGGAAAAGAACCUAAAUUACGUCAUCUCCAACAGUGGGUAGAAGAUAUCCUGGCGGGUAAAGUGGAGCUAAAAGAGCCAGCAGAUUCUGCGCAAACGAGUCAGGGGCAAAACACUGAAGAGCAAUUGAAGAAAGAGGAGCUUUGACCUUAGUUUUUUUUUUUUUUAAGACGUAGUAGAUUCAGCGUCCUGUUGCAAACAGAGAACUCUAGCAAACUGUAUGAAAAGAAAAAGUAUGACACCUCGACCGUACUCCUAUGAUAAAUUUAACUGACUGAAGAGGAAUCAAAGCUGCGGAAGGGGGCAAACGCGGAUGAUAUCUUUGUUACCAUUCGAUCAUUUGCUUCUUCCCCCUCUCCCCCG